AUAAGCGUGAUUCAUGGUCACAUGAAGGCUGGAAUAGGCGAGGAGGUUUUGGUCGUGGUUUCGGUCACAGCGGUGAGCGGUUUGGUCAUAAUGGAUACUAUGGUAAUCGCGGAUUUGGUGGCUAUUCACCCUUUCAACAACAAGGAGGAUGGGGAUGGGGCAAAUAGCGAUGAAGCGCUGUGUAGCUUGUAA